AUGGAGGUCGCCAUGCAAGAGCUGCUGCCAGAUCCCGUGCUGGAGAACGUGGGACGGCACCUGCCGCUGAAUGGCAUGCGCACCUGCCGCCUCGUGUGCAAGCGCUGGGCGGCGGUGAUUGGCGAGAGCGUGACGGCUGUGGGCAUCACUCCGGAGCAGCUGCGCGCCAUCGUGCUGAGCGAUGACGCGACACAGGGGGAGCUGCAGCUCGUCCUGCAGGACCAACAGCCUCACAGGCAGCGGCAGCUUCAGCAGCACGCGCAGACAGCGCCCCUGCCUCGCCGGCUGACCUGCGCUCCGUGCUGGGUGCUUGAGCUGCACCUGGGCGCCCUGCCGGCUGACCCUGCGGCGUGGGGUGACCUGGCAGUGCUGCCACAGCUGGCGACGCUGCUGCUGCCCAGCCCGAGGCCGCGCCUGCCGGCCGCCGCGCUGCCGCACCUGGGACUCCUGGCAAGCCUGCGGGCCCUGCAGCUCAGCGUGGCAGGGGCGGCGGCGGCGGGUGGCGUCGGGCUGCUGGCGGGCCCGGGCAUGGCGGUGGCGGGCUACCCUGAGGAUGUGGUUGCGGAGCGGGUGGCGGCGCUGUCGGCGCUGACGGGCCUCACGCACCUCGGCUUGCACGGCAACGCGUUGCCCACGCGCUCCCUCAGCCGUGCCCUCGGGGCCCUCACCAAUCUCAGGGACCUGUUUGUGGCGGGUGCUGUGGUGGUGGACAUAGAGGCACUUGCGCGGCCCGAGGGCCUCACUGCCCUGGAGCGCCUGGCAGUGCCCCAGCAGCUGCUGCUCUGGGAGGUGGAGCUGCUGGCGCAGCACUGCAGGCGGCUGCGCCACCUGGAGAUGUGUGGGACGUGGGAGGGCUGCGCCCUGGAGGGCGGGGACGACGGCCCCGUCUCCAGCCUGCUCCCACCGCAGGCGGCAGGCGGCGCAGAUGCAGCAGCAGGAGACAUGCUGGGUGCUGUCGCGCCAGUGGCGGGGCCCUGGGGUCUCAUUGGCGGGGCUGCCGAUCAUGCUGGCACUGGUGGCGAAGAACGGGGGCAAGGCGUUCACGUUGCUGGUGCAGGGGCGUGGCAUGCCACCCCUGCCAUUCCUGCCUGGCUCUGGCAGGAGCUGUCAUCAGUAUCCUCAUGGCAGCAGCUGCUGUGCGAUGGCUGGGAGGCCCUGCAAUGCCCUGGGGGGCUUGACGCUGCGGCGCUGCCACGGGACCUGGCGCGUAUCCUGGGCGUAGCGGGCGCGGCACGUGUGCACAGGCGCAGCGCUGCCACCAACAAACGUGUGUCAUCAGUCGUGCAGCUGUGUGUGCUGCUUGGCCUGCACCGCGCGCUGCACAUCGGCCAUGCCCCAGAUUCACUGGCUCCAGGCGUGGAGCAGGCGGCGCUGUCUGGCAUUAGGCUCCGCAGUGUCGGCCAUCAGGGGUGCACCGUCUCUGGUAUCGCGCUGCUGGCUGCUGUCCUUGACAGCUGUCGGAGGGUGGCGGGCUAUGACCCCGGCGACGUCCUGGCCCUGGAGGGUGACGUGCCCGCGGGCGCUGUGGACCAGCUGCUGGAUGAGGCCUACUCCAACCAGUUCCCUGAGCCAGAGUGUGCAGGGCUGGACGACGGCAGCGACGGCAGCGACAGUGACGACGACGCCUGCUACACCAUACAGCGUGGAGAGGGGCAGCACGAGACCGAGGAGUCGGGCGUCAGCGGCGCGGCUGAGGGGCACAAGUCGCUUUUCGACCGCCUGCAGAACCGCCCGCUGCGCUCGCGUCCGCGCGGCGUGACGAGCGUGUUCACGUGGGCUGGCAACGGCUGCUGCUUGGGGCCUCUAGGGUCCCUGCUGCCUGAGCUGCGUCACCUGAACGUGGCGCUGCCGCCGUCGCUGGCAGGACUGGUGCUGCAGGAGGACGCUGGCGGCGUGGACGGCCUGCCAGAGGCCGCCAUCAGCUUCACGAACGCGCCCUGCAUGGGGCCAGUUGCGACAGAGGUAGAAGGGACGGAUCGUCACCAGCAGCUGGAGCUCAGGGACGUGCAGUCUGCUGACGGCAGUGAAGGCGAGGCACGCGGUGAUGCCGCCGUGCACAGCGUCGCGGGAAUUUCGUCAGCGGCCACGCUGCCUCGCGCGCAACAUUUUGUGUCGCUGCGACACCUGAGCAUUGGCAACCUCACAGCUGAGACGAGCCAGUGGGACCCGUCGGCGCGCCUGGGUGACGCGCUGAUGGCCGCGAUUGGGGAGGGUCUUCCUUCCCUGGAGACGCUGCAGUUUCAGCUGGAGCGCGGUGCCUCUGCAAGCCGCGAGCGUCCGGAGCGGCCUCACUCAGACCACCAGAAGCAGCCCUGCGUUGAUCACCAGCGCCUGGCGGCCGUGUUUUGUGAGCUGCGGGAGCUGGACUGGACCCUGGUCGAUGCAGCCGCCGCUGACAGGCUGCUGGAGGAGGCCCUGCCGCACUGCGGCCGACUGCAAGCGCUGCACAUCAGCGGACCAGGCGCGUUCUACCACACCCCCCUGUCGUCUGCGUUUGAGUACGGCCUCACCUACGGCCUGGAGGCUGGCAGCCUGUUCAUGCUGCCCUGGUCGCGCCUGCUGCCUGCGCUCUUCAGGCGUGGCGGUCCCACGGGCGGCACUUGGGUGCGCCACCUUGCUGGCCUAGCGGCGCUGUCUGAGGUGCACCUCGACCUGCCUCUGCUGCUGCCAUGGCAGCUGCGCGAGCUGGUGGACGCGCUGGUGGCGCGCGGCAGCCUGCACUCCCUGGCGCUGCACGGCGUCACGAUCUCACUGGUCACGCGCCGCGACUGGGUGGUGGCGCAGCUCCGCCGGCUCACGGCCCUCAACCUGCAGAGCAUCAACGUCAGCUUUGGCCGCCACACGCUCGCGGCCCUCCCCAGCUGGAUGCGCCGCGGGACAGGCGCGGGCGGGGGCGGCCACCGGCACGGGCCCCUUGCGCCGGAGCCUGACGCGCGCGACCUGGCGAUGCUGGAGCGGCUGCGCUCCGCCUUCCUGGCCUCCACCCCUGACGUGACCUUUGUCAUGCACACGGGGGGCAUGGAGGAGAGCGUGCAUGCAGAGCCCUGGGGCCUGCCGGUGCCUGAUGGCGGCGGUGGCGGCGGUGGCGGCGGCGGCGGCGGUGGCGGCGGCGGCGGCGGUGGCGGUGGCGGCGGUGGCGGCGGUGGCGGCGGUGGCGGCUGGGUCGACCCUGGCCCUGCGGGCAUGGCGCUAGCAGGCCCCGCCGGCGAAGGUGUGGAACACCAGGGUCCGGGCGGACCCCAGGCGGCGGGUGGUGCCGACGACGGCGGGGCCCCUCCUGAAUUCCAGCUGCCGCUGGCUGUGCGGGUGAUGGCCCACUUGCUGGCGGUGGUGGUCGGCCCCCGUGCUGCAGUCAAGACGCUGGCUGGCGCACUGGCGCCCGCUAUGGGGGCAAACAACUUGGCGCAUCAGUGGCAGGUUCAGGCCAUGCUAAUGGAGGUGGUGGCGGCACAUCAUGAUCCAGAACGCGUGGACCUGCCGCAGGGCGUGCUUGGCUGCUCUCGUGCAGCCUGGGCCUUUGUGGCUGGCGCAAGCUGCGCGCUCGGCGCCGUGGCGCUACCAGUGUGGGCAGCCUGCGCCAAGGCCGCCAUGCAGAAGCAGUCCGCGGUGGCUCGCAGGCCGACGCUCGCCACCGCGCGGCCCUCCAGGCGCCCGGUCGCCGUGAAGGCGGUGGCCCCUGCUCUCGUUAUAUCUGCCAGCACUGCGGCCUCUCUGCUCGUUGGGCGUUUCGCCUUCCUGCCCUUCCAGCGCCGCACCCAGGCGAACUCGCAGAACGUGGGCCCCAAGACCACCGGCAACAGCUACUUCGAGACCCUGUCCCAGGACGCGUCUUUCAUCGGCACCACCAACGACCCCGCGGGCUUCACCAUCAUCGACACCCUGGGCUGGGGCGCCCUCGGCCACGCCGUAGGCUUUGCUUUCCUCGGCGCGCUCAGCUCGGGCGUGAUCCCUGGCGUGAACAACUAA